GAGCCUUGCGCAAAGGCCAUUCGCACCAUGAUUCGCGCAAAUCAGAAAGCGAAACCCCGUUGCCGAACGCAGAUCGAGUACUUCUCCAAUGUGGUCAGUGUACUGCCUUUUGAUAUCCCUGCCAUACCUAGUGGUGGCAUUCAAUGCAGGUGCAGACGACAAUAUCGACGGCAACCUUAUCGGUUGUGACUCUUAUUACCAUCAACUCAUGGUUAGGCAUGAGUUGCGAGGAUCAGUACCGCACGACCUGCCCAAUCUCCAGGAAUCCUCAUUAAAUGUCACAUUCUAUCUGUUGACCGGUUCUGACCAAAAUGGCAGUACAGUACUGACCACUGGAGAUAUUCGGUCGCUCCGGGACUCCAGCUUCAACAGUUCAAAUCCAACGUGAAUAAUCGUUCACGGGUUUUGCAACUGCCACCUGUCACAAUUCUGCGAAGCUACUCGGCAAAAGCUGGUCAAACAGCCUCAACAGUACAACGUGAUCACGAUGAGUUGGCCCAGUGGAAAGUGGCUUUUGGAUUAUUGGACGGCACGCUGGAGAAUUGAUCCGGCUUCGCAAAUAUUGGCCGAUUUCAUCGAUUUCCUGCACACCGCUGGUGGAAUGGAUCUUCAGGAUCUGUAUUUGGUGGGUCACAGUUUGGGGGCGCACUUGUCCGGGUUGGCGGGUAAGAAGGUAACUUCCGGUAAAGUGGGAACUAUCGUUGCAUUGGAUCCAGCAAAGCCGGCCUUCGACAUAAACAAGCCCGACGAGCGGCUGGCGAUUACUGAUGCAAACUACGUUGAGGUGAUACAUACCAAUGGAAAAAGGCUGGGUAUGUAUGCACCAAUUGGACACACGGACUUCUACCCGAAUGGAGGAGUUCAGCAACCUGGAUGCUCAAUGUGGUGGUUCGGAGCAUCCUGCGCACAUGGACGCGCUUGGGAGCUCUACGCGGAGUCCAUCGAGUCCAAGCUGGGGUUCUGGUCAACGUUGUGUUCCAGCUUGGAUAUGGUCAGUGAGGCGGGCUGUCGGAGUCCGAAGGCGAAACUCAAAAUGGGAGGGGACCCCAUCGUGCAGACAGAGAGGGGAAUUUUAACGGUUCGUACGAAAGCAACGUCACCCUAUGCGGAAGGGAAACUGCAGCGAGACGAUUAUGGCAAGCGAGUUUGGAGGAGUCGGUUUGCAAACGGCAGCCCCCCGGUAGUAUAUGGAAUAAUUGAGCAGUGAUAACCCGCUGAAUGAGAUCAACAUAACUGUCAGAGUGAAGUAGCCAUCUAAGUGUAUUGUGUAUUUGCACAGAUGAGCGAUGAGGCAUUUAUCACAUGUGCAUUUAUGCUGAUGAAUGUGUAUGUUUGUUAUUAUUUUAAAUCCGUACUAUGUAUUUCUUGUAAAUAGAUGUCCGUUGAAUCGCA